CACGAAUAGAGAGAAAAGUCGCGCGUGUGGAACGGAUUUAAAUGAUUAAACGGGGAUUACUCGACGAAGCCUUUCAAAAAUGCCGAGCUGAAUGAGAGGCAGACGAGAGAUUGAAAUAUCAUUAAAAAAUAUUUCAUUAUAUAUAAUAUAAUUACGUCCUUAUAUUUCUACAUAAUUAUGAAAGAGAUCUGUUGCUCCUCUAAUCUUUUUUUUUUCCGAGAAUAAAAUGUCAGAGAUUCGUAUAAUCCGGACACGGUUUUAAUCAAAAAUCGAAAUGUUAGAUUUAUUCCAAGUUAUUUCACUUUAGGACUGUCUCCGUAGCGGCUCUUAGUUUCAUCGUAUCGAUUUUGCGACGUUAUUGAGAUCGGAAUUUCAAUGUUUGAAAGGUUUUUUUUAGCUACUGAGCUGGAAGAACAGCCGAGCGCCCAGCGACGUGAAAAAUUCUCUCACGCGCAUUAAUUAAAGACACGCGAGGAGGACGAGGCGAAGCGAAAAAUCGCGGCGCGCGCGUUGCCACUCUCUGUACAUGUUAAAUACACACAACGUUCCACACAAUUGUUGCGAGAGUGCUGCACGUAGAGAAUGGCGCAAAAGGAAUGUCUAAUUAUCUAUUUAAAUAAGCGACCAAUACACACACGCUGGAAUAAAUAGGCUUGUUAUUGCGACGAAUUUGCUCAUUCAUUAUCAACCGACGAAUCGUUUACCAGCUACGAACCUGUACUCGUGAGAAUUAAACGAUCUUGAUUCUUGGCAAAUGCGCUUGUUUCUGUCCGAUUAUCCUGCUCAGCAUCCAUUUUCGUCCUCGAGUCCACGUUGCUUGAUUUUUAUAAAAACAUAGAUGAGAGUUAGAAUGUGCAAUAAAUUAUGGAAUAAAAUUGCCAUCAUCUCUUCUUAAGAAAUUUUUUAUUCCGUAUUUUAAAAUUUAAUUAAAGGAGCUUGAUCUCUUUUUUGACGGAGGCUUUCUUGAGAACGAGAACAAAUGUAUGCUGAGAAAUUUAAAAUGAAAUAUAUUAUAUGUUAAAGAUCGACUAAUAUUUAACUCUUUCAAAAUUGCAUUUGUUCCAUCUGCAUUUACUUGAUAUUUUUUUUUCAUACAUUCCAUUAAUUCGCGCGUUCUCCAUAUCUUCGGCGAGAUGUAACACUGAAAAAUAAGAUAAAGUCACACACAUACGCACGUGCACACACCAGCGAGUGUAUCCGCGAUUACGAUACCCUAGGAUGCGAGAUCUCUUGUCUCGCGGUAGGAGUGGCGACAAGGGUAAACACAACGGAACCAAUCGCCGAGGAAGGGUGGUCCAGCCCGGUGUUUGUCUUCUCGAUUCUCCUCCGCUCCUGGGGAUGAUACGGAAUCGCGUGGAAGAGCCUAAGCGUUCCGUACAUCCGCGGCCAAUCGAACCGAAUCGCCGCCAAGUCGGAAGAAACGUAAAAUCCUGAAGUCGACUAUUAGAUCGCUCCGGUCUCUUUUCGCACAGUUCCGAAUUAACAAUCGUCAAGAACUCGCGCGCGAAACCGCCAUGGUACCAUAGACCUGACUUCCGUAAUGUUCGUUUAAAUCAUUUUCAAGCUAGAGAGUUGAAUAUUCAACUAUAAUCGUAAGAAUUAUUUUAUUUUAAAACUAUCAAGUAUUGACAGUUCAUUGCGUAGGGAUUUUAUAUAAUUAAUCAUUUGCAUAUAAUUGCAACUGUUAAAAGUUUUAUUAUAUAUUCAUAUAUGGUCAGUGUGUAAAUAUUUAUCUGUCAAUUUUUAAUUACCAAUUCAUAAAGGGAAACCUUCUACAUGCAUAUCAAUAAUUUUGAUUAAAGUCACGACACGCGGAUAUUAUUCGUUGCUCGGGUAUUUUCCGAAUAUUAAUAAAAACAGGCGCGAAUAUAGGUAAAUGAAAUAAAAUCGCCGAUUAUACUCUAUUUAUUCGAUUCUACGAUAUUCGUAUGUGUGGUAAAAGGGGUGCGUAUAUAUGAACGAUCGCAAAUAAGUAGAAAAAAAAACCAAUCGAGAUUCGAUUCGCGUGGGAUACCACCAUGCUUCGCGGCAGGAGCAAGAACAGGCCGGAGAACAACGAGAACAACGAGGGAACGGACGGUAAACAGAGGAGACCGAAAUGCGCCCGUUGCAGAAAUCACGGUCUCAUCUCGUGGCUGCGGGGCCACAAGCGGGAAUGUCGUUACCGGGAGUGCCUGUGCCCCAAAUGUUCACUGAUCGCCGAACGGCAGCGAGUGAUGGCCGCCCAGGUUGCCCUAAAGAGACAGCAGGCUGCCGAGGACGCGAUCGCCCUUAAAAUGGCGAAGGUAGCAACCGGACAGAAGCUCGAUCGACUUCCGCCGGGGAAGAUCUUCGGAAUGUCGGUGACGGAGCCAAAAUCAACGAUGGAUCAAAAUGGGGAUACAAUUCCCGCUUCGAAGAAGCUCGAUAAAAUUUCCGAGGAUUCGAAGGAUCUUCCAUGUGUGUCGACCAACGAUACUUCUCGUCUUCAAAAUUAUUCUGACGACUUGGAAAACUGUUCGAAAUCCAAAAGCCUCCUCUUCGAUACCAGCAAGCUGGAGAACUCCAAACAGUCCAUCCCGGUGUCCCAGACCUCCGUGGAAACUCUAGCUCGCCUCUUUCCAAAUACCAAGCUAUCAGUCUUGCAACUGGUGCUGCAACGCUGCGGCCAGGAUCUGUUGAAGGCGAUCGAGUACUUUGCAAGCGACAAUCUGGGCAUCGUUGAACCAGCCAUGUCGACCGGUAUCGGUCACGCGUCUUCGGCCUUUCGACCUCCGCAGACGACGAUCAGCGUCGACAGUGGUGCUGGGGAACAACAACAGCAACCGAUUUCCGGCACGAUGCUGGCACCGAUCUAUACCAGCCUGUCCAGAAACGUCUACGGGGACGCGGGUUACUGUCUACUGAACAUCCUGCCGACCGCGGAGCAAUUCGCCAAGGGUACCGAUCUGCCGAUCACGAAAACCGCGGCCGAGCCUCAGGAGGCCGUCGCGCUAAAUUUUCGCUAUAACAAUUAUUUUACUCCCAUGCAACAGCAACUGAGAGAUGCGCACUUGUGCGCGCAAGUGGCGGCAGAUCGACUGUCGGCUGCUAGAUCAGCCAGCAUCCUGCAUCAUCUGCCGCCUGCCGUACUGCCAGGAAUCCCUUGUGUGCAGCCGAAUUGUGCGCAGUGCAAUUAUAAAUUUGCAUGA